CAUGUCUGGAGGCUAUACGCGUUAGAGUAUACGGUACUGGAGUACAUACAUACAGUACAGUACAGCAGGCUGCAGUUGAGUGUCGCCAUCGCACCAAAGUGAAAGUAAAGUACGUCUUGUCCGGACCGGCCCUCUACAGUAAACACUCUGAACAGAGCCGCCCUUGAGCAAUCGCGAAUAAGCACAUGCCCUAGUAUCGAUGCUGGCUCUUCAGCGCAUUUGCACCAGCGGCUUCACCUGCUCUUUUUUAAAUCCAGCUGCCCCGCACCCUGUAAUUUGAGCCGCUAUACAACAGCACUAUAGAACAUCCAGAACACGCACAGUCCCUACCUACCUUUGCAAGCCGUCAGAAUGGGGCGCGAGGAGCAGGUAGAAGAGAGAGAAGUCCUCGACUCCAUCUUCCCAGAAGAAAUCACAGAUGUAUCCGAGACCGAGUACCGGAUAUCCAUUCUCCUCGACCUCCCCGACGAUGAAGCCGACAAAGCAGAACCCCCUACCGUAGUUCUGCACGUACGCUAUCCCGAGUCGUAUCCGGACGAGCCACCGCACCUCGACCUUUCCCCGCCACAAAAUGCGUCUACACACCCCUACUUCUCCGUCUCCUCGGACAAGGACGCCCUGCUGUCCGGCCUCGAGGAAACGAUCCAAGAAAACCUGGGGAUGGCCAUGGUCUUCACCCUCGUCGCCACCCUCAAGGAGAAUGCCGAGCAGCUCAUCCUGGACCGACGGGCCGAGGUGGCGCGACAGCACGAAGAGGUCCUGCGCGCUGCGGAGAGGGAAGAGAACAAGAAGUUCCACGGCGAGAAGGUCACGCCCGAGUCCUUCAUGAGGUGGCGCGCAGGGUUCUUGAAGGAGAUGGAGGAGGAGGAGAGGAAACAGGAGGAGGAGAGGCUCGCCGAGGUGAAGAAGGCCAGGGCCAAGGAGGAAAAGAAGCUGACGGGCAAGCAGCUCUGGGAGAGUGGAUUGGUUGGUAAGGGUGAUGAGGGCGACGAAGAGGACGGGGCUGGUCUAGCCGACGGUGUCGAGGGCUUGAAAGUUGCCGCAUAAAGAUGCACACAGCCUACCUUGUCAAGAACGCGCAUAUCAGAACAGCCAAAACCUCUCGGCCCAAUGACCAAAGGUCCAGGUGGAUGGGUGCAGGGAACUGCUGCCAUGCCUGAUUUGGAGCGCAUAACGAGGUUGCGGUACGAGAUGUAUCGACAGCAUAAAGUAGCAAAAUAUCGCAAGCAUUGUCAAGUUGUCA